AUGGACGCAACGGCAGGCUCUAAGGCGGCGCUGGCUGCGGCGAAGGUGAUCAAGAAUGCGAAAGGCAAUAUUGUGCCUAGCAGUCAGAAGGCACAUAUCGUGUAUGGCUGUGAACACAUGGGCGAGAUGUUCGAGAAUGCGCGCAAUCAGACCCUCAAAUCCUACCGAUCGAUCCUCCAGCUCAUACAUGAUAAACCGAGUGUCAUCGCGCAGACAUACGUCGACGAGGCAGGUGAGCCUGUCGUGUCCCUCCGACCGCUCUACCUCUGCCUGCAAUGCCCCAACAUCAUGACAGACGAGCAACGAGAUCAGCACUUUGAUGCUAAGAGCCAUUGCUUCUCGGUUGAGUCGCGCGAAGGAUAUGUGUACUGUGGGAAUUGCAUGGACUUCAUCUACGACCCCGAGCUGGAGACUCGACGGCUGCUGAAAGGCAAGAAACGAAAGCACGAAGAUAUGCUGACCGCAGACGACGAAAAGCUUAUCGUUACCAACUCCACCUUCCUACCGUGCAGAGCGACUGGCCUACGAGGACUGUACAACAUGGGCCAGACCUGCUUCAUGAGCGUCAUAUUACAAACGAUUGUACACAACCCCUUCAUACGGAACUUCUUCCUUGCAGAAGGACACAAAACCGUCGACUGCGAAAGGGAGUCUUGCGUGAGCUGCGCCCUGGAUGAGAUGAUCGUCGAGUUUCACUCAGCGGAGAAGACCGAGGGCUAUGGCGCGGUCAGCAUGCUCAUGGGCAGCUGGCUGGCAGGGGAGGCACUCGCUGGGUAUCAACAGCAGGAUGCUCACGAGUACAUGCAAUUCUUCCUGAACACCCUACACCUGACGAAUGGCGGCUCGGCAGACUCUGAAGACUGCGGUUGCGUCGUCCACAAGACCUUUUAUGGCAAGCUCCAAAGCACUGUCACGUGUGAGAAGUGUCACAACACAACGACUGCCCUCGAUCCGUACAUGGACCUCAGCCUGGACGUUCGGAAUCAGAAGAAGCGGAAGAGCGCUGACAAAGCGGAUGAAGCUGGGCUAGAUCUGAGAGAAUGCCUCGACCGAUUCACUGCGAAGGAAAAGCUAGACUCAGCGCAAUACACAUGCAGGAAUUGCGACAGCCCGCAAAAUGCCAUCAAGCAACUGAGCAUCAAGCGGCUGCCACCUGUCCUGUCGAUUCAUUUAAAGGUAGACUUAAUCCGAUUUGAGCACUCGAAAGCGCAAUCUUCGAAGAUCGAGACGAAAGUCAACUUCCCCAUGAAGCUCGAACUCUACCCAUACACGACCUUGCAGAAAGAACAAGCUAAAGCGGCGAAAGCAUCGGGCAUACCGAACACGAACUACAACGUGAACACGCCGGCCAACAGCCUUACAUACGAGCUUUCGUCGGUCAUCGUGCACAAGGGCAAGAUCGACUCGGGACAUUAUGUCAGCUACUCGAGAGAGGGCAACGAUUGGUUUGCAUUUGACGACAGCAAAGUUGUCCUUGCAAACGAAGCUGAGGUGCUGAACGCCGAGGCAUACAUCGUGACUUAUAUGAUCAACCAGUUAGAUGUAUGA